AUGGAUGGACUAUGCAAAGGUAGCGAAUGCGAACUAGUUACCUGUUGUCAACGUUACAACCGUCGCGCGCUGUCGGUGCCCGAGGACCCGGAAUUGCGGCAGCUGCACCUCGUUACUCAUCCCGACACUUGCCAACCCGUCCUUCCAAUGAUACCGUAUGUCUCUCAUAGUGUAACCGACUCCGGAGACAUGCCAAACACACAAAACGCUAUCACUUACGCUGCGUAG